AUGGAAGACACGACAUGGGAGCAAAGGCUCCAUGCCUUAACUCAUGUCCUAAUCAACCCAACAACCACACCACCUCUUCACUCUCAGUUCUUCAUCUCCACCCAAAUCCCAUGCUACCUAAACUGGGACUACCCACCAGUCCUCUGCACCAAAUCCACCUUCCCUCCUAUCCAUCUACGAUGGGGCCUCUCUCUCUUCCUCAAAAGGGUCUCCAGAUUUGGGUUUCCUGAGACUUCUUGGAGGUCCAAAUGCCCUUAUCACCUGCCCCCGCCAUUGAUUCUUGCAAAAGGAAUAGAGGAAGCUCAGUGGGGUGAUGAGCAGAGGAGAGAGAAUUUUAGGAAGAGGAUGAGAAGAAAACGCCUUGGGGGUGAUGUUAAUCCUGUGCUUCCUAUUUUGGUUCCCAAUCUCUUGUUGCUUUCUCUUCUGUUUUGGAACCCAUUUCUUUAA